GGCCAUCUGGGCGCUGCUCCUCCGCGCCUCUGGCCUUCCCGCGGCGCGCCAGGCCCAUCUCCUCACCAGCAGCUCUGGGAUCCGACGGCGCCGCGGGUGGGGGCAGGUGAGACGGCCGAGCCCCGCCCGGGCGGAGGCAGGAAGCGCUCGCGCCAAUCCCCCUCCCGGACCCUGUUCUCGCCCGCAACUCACUGGCGCCAGGGGGACGCAGGAGCAUGAGCCCCUUCGCGCCCCCAGCGCCGUCGGCGUCGCUGCCCCAGACACAGACACUGCCUCGAGAGGCUUCACAGAGCGGGGGGGCAGAGGGCGGCGACCCGGAGCCGCCUUAUCCCCCGCCUUGGGCGCCGUCACAGUCCCCAGAAGCCCUGGGCUCCUGCAGUCUACCAAGACGCGCGGCGGACGGCGUGGUUCCGAGAGAGGGCGCCAGAGGCGACAUGCCGGCGGCCAGCUCCAGGCCGAGCCCCGAGCGCCUGCGGGAACAGGCCCCUUCACCCGGCGCGGGACGCAGAGCUGCGCGAGAAUCUUGUUCAGCGCGGACUCAACGCCAGGGCGCCGCCUAGAGGUCGGUUUCUCUCUCGGCCUCACCCGCCGGGAGACCACAGCCGCCCCAGCACAGCUGCUUCCCCAGCCGCCCGCCGCCAGAAAUAGGAAAAAAAAAAAAAAAAAAAAAAAAAAAAAAA